UCCAUGUUUCUUUUUGGUAAAUAUAUUCCAAAUUGCAAACCUAUUUUCACCUAUAUGGAGUGGAGUCACGCUCUCACCCUCACACUUGCCACAUCCAGUGCAGAGCUCAUCACCCUCGCCGCUUCCGUGUCCACGACGGCGACUGGUACAGGCUCCGAGAACAUCAGCAUUGGUCGGAUCUGCUGCCGGGGCCAGCAAUGGCGGCAGCCAUCGGGGGCAUGGUCGCCUCGGGCGUGAUCAAGGUGGUGAUCAAGCAGCUCGGAUUCGCCAUCGUGGGCAAGAUCAAGCUGCACAAGAAACUGACCGAAGACCUGGAGAAAUUGAAGAUGACGCUGGAGUCGGUGGAGGCCGCGCUCAGCGACGCCGAGAGGCGGUCCAUCACGGACAGAUCGGCGCUCCUGUGGGUGAACCGGCUCAAGGCCGCUAUGUACGACAUCUCCGACAUGCUUGAUGACUACGAAUCUGACGCCGGCCUGGUAUUCGGAGCUAUGAGGAAGAAGAUUAAUAUGCCAGACAAGAUGAAGAAGAUGCAAGAGAGUCUACAGAAGAUAACAGAAGACCGUCAGAACUACUGUCUUCCGCCAGAAACUCAUACCAACGAGCACCAACUUCCAGAUAUCAGGGAAAAUGCAGGGACCAUAGAGGAAGCAGAAAUUAUUGGGAGGGCCAAGGAAAAACUGGAAAUCUUGGCUCGAUUAUCUGGGAGCACCACUGAACGAACCACCUUCCUCCCCAUAUGGGGCUUUGGAGGCAUUGGAAAGACCACCUUGGCAAGAUCAGUUUACAACGACCCUGAGUUUAAAAAUCACUCUCGGGUAUGGGUCUAUGUUUCCCAGAUAUUUGACUUGAAAUUUUUUGGAAAAACUAUAAUAUCGCAACUAUCAGAACCAGAACCAGAACAAAAGAGCAAGCCGGCACCUGAUUUGCAUAGUAUUAACAUUUGCUUGCAAAAGCUACUCACUGAGAAGAAGAAUAUUUUGAUCAUUUUGGAUGACCUGUGGGAGAAGCAUCCUUCUCAACUAGAACAAUUAAAGGAUAUGCUGAAGCAGGGUGAGGGAUGCAAGGUGACGGUUGUAGUUACCACACAGGAUGAAGGUAUUGCAAAUGAGAUUGGUACUGUUCAGCCAUACAACUUGCCUCAAUUGUCAGAUGAGAUGUGCUGGGAUAAAAUUAGGCAGAAAAGUAAAUUUGAAACAAGGGAUGACAAAGAAAGGUUGGAGCCGAUUGGAAGGGAUAUUGCAAAGAAGUGCAGAGGUGUAGCUUUAGCUGCUCAAUCACUUGGACACAUGUUGAAGUCCAGGCCGCACAGAGAAUGGAAUUCGGUGAAAGCCAAUCACAUAUGGGAUCUAUCUACUUCUACAGAUGCAUCACCAGGAAAUGAAGUGCUUGGAUCCUUGCAGUUAAGCUACAACUUCAUGCCUCCAUACUUGAAGUUAUGCUUUGCCUAUUGUGCAAUCUUUCCAAAGGGUCACAAGAUGAUUAAAUAUGAUCUGAUUCAUCAAUGGAUUGCUCUUGGAUUCGUGGAGGCAUCUAGUACAUUCUCUAAUUGGCAUUCUAGUUAGUGUGCUGAACAUCGAGUUUGUGCCGGAGGUGGUUAAGUGGGCAUAUCGAGGCCACAUAUAUGACCUUGUUAUUGAGUUCGAGGAUGAGAGUAUAUUUGCCGGGAUGGCCAACGGGUCUGAUUCUGAUUUGCACGAGGAUGGUGAUAGUUCGGCACUUAAGGAGGCACCAGUUGCUGAUAGUGGACGUGAGCUGUCCACCACGCAGGGUGCUGAUGCUCAGACGUCUGCGGAUGGGACGGUUACUCCUUCUUCGUGCCGACGACUACCCUCAGGUUCGGCUCUUUCGAGCCGGCAUCUGCACCCCUGAGACUGUGGAGUGAUCGGGUGGAGUCGGAUGAGGUGUUUGAGCGCUCGCUUCCGGCACUGGAGUUUGAGGAGCCAGUGCUUCCUCCUUUGGGGGAGUCGCCGAUCCCGGUUAGGAUUGGGGCGGAGGAGGUCGUUGGCGCGGGGGAGAGUCUGAAGAUGGGGGCUUUGGAUUUUUCAUCUGCGGCCGCGACUGUGCAGGUACAGCCGAGGAUGCCUGCUGCUGAUGGGGGCGUGGGGCAGGUGGCCGCGCUUCCCUCAUCAGGGCCGGCAGUGGGGGAGCCUCCGAUGGUGCAGCUUGAGCCUUCGGUUGGGAGGCCGAGGUUGCUCUACCAGACACCUUUACUUCCUUCUUCUGGACCGGCGGUGCUGGCGAUGGAGUCACAGCCCGGACGGGGCUCGGGGCAGGUGGCCUCGGGGGCAUCUUCUCCUGUGGCGCCUCGAGGGCCUUGUGUGCCGGCGGCGCCGGUGCCGACAGUUCGCCCUUUGGUCGGGGUAGUGGGGGAGCUCGGGCAGGAGGCCAUGGCUCCUCCGUCCCCCGGCAUGGUGCACCCCAACAGAGCCUCUCGGGAGGAGGUGAUUGCUUUCGGUGGUAUCCCGGAUCCGGUUGCUGAGGGGCGACGGUUGAGCAGCCGUCUCCAGGACCAUCUGGAGGUGGACGACAUUCAGCAGCGAUGCGCUAUAAGGGCGGCCAAGCUUCGUGACGUGGAGGUCACUACGGGUUCUCUUCCGGGCUACUGCGCUAAUCCGUACGUGGUCAUUACUCACUCCGACAGAGGCCAGGGCGUGUUUGGUUACUGGAUCUGUCCGAUGGGAGAUGGUAGCGCGGGAUUUAUUCAACCGGUUUGGAUGGCGGUCAUGUAAUAGGAUAGGCGCGUAGUUUACCUAUCUCUGUUUACUAUGCCAGCCGGUUGUGGCUUUUGGGCCUUGUUUUAUUUUGCUUGCUCUGUGUGAGCCAGUAUCCUUUGUUGCAGCACUUUGCAAGACAUUGUUGAACUACUUUAUUUAUUUAUAAAUGUGGCCGUAUGCAUCUGUCU